AUGACAGAAAAGUUGCCUCCAGGAACUUUGUGUGUGGUAUGUGAAGAUAUCGCAACCGGGAAUCACUACUCUGUUCCUUCCUGUAAUGGAUGCAAAACUUUCUUUCGCCGUGCAGUUGUUAAUAAUCGUAUGUUCACAUGUAUGGGAAGCGGCGACUGUCCUGUCAACAAAGGAGUGCGUUGCGCCUGCCGUCACUGCCGUCUCAAAAAGUGUCUUCUUGUAGGAAUGGACAAAAAAUCUAUUCAAAAUGACCGCGAUCGCAUCGGUUACACUAAAAGAACCCGCAAAAAUGAGAAACAAGCUUCUGAUGCAGCUAAUGACAAUCAAGACUACAGCCACGAGGACAUACGGUUAGGGCCGAGCUGCCUGGAUUCAAGAGAGCACAGACAUGACAAUAAUGCUGUAGACCCAAUGCUCGAGCGUCUGACCACACUGGAGAAUAACUUGACGCUCCUGCUCAGUCGAGCGGAAAUCGAACCCUACGCUUCGCUUGACGACGCCUUAGCUGCUCCCAGUCGUUUCCAUCAGCCAAUUAGUGUCAGAAUCACUGAUCCGAUUGCGUCUCCGAAGCCUGGAAUGGAUGAAAAUAAAAUGCCGUUUUGGAGAUCCCGUAUAAUUGCACUGUACAUAGAUUGGGCGAAGUCAUUCGCAUGCUUCCGAAAUCUCCCCCAUGCUGAUAAGGUGGCUCUUAUAACAAAUCACGCUAGUUCCUAUAUGAUCAUGUGUGAGGCUUUCCGUACACCCGAACAUGGAGAAGAUAAGAGAUUGCGAAACGCUGUCAUUUCACGUUCAGGGUUGUUCGCUUCAAACGAUCAGUUGCAAGGAUUGCUGAUCAAAACGGAAGCAAGCACUGAUAGUUCAGAUUUGUCAUCAAUUCGCCUUCCUACUGAGUAUGGAAGUCUCCCUGCAGAUUAUGGGACUUUGAUUCCGAAGGUCAGAAACUAUACAUUCAUUAGAACUACUGUUAUGAUGCCCGUAUCGACAAAGGUUUUUCCGCUAAAGGAUCUGUGGCCGGUUGGUAACGAGGUUAUGUGGCACGACAGAAGGUGGUGA